CGGGUCGCCGAGCGUGCAGGGGCGCUCUCGCUCGCGGCCUGCCUCGCCGGCGGUCGGCUCCUUAGCAUGGGCGGCCGGUAGGAGCGGGCCGCGCUUGUUCCCGGCGCAGCGGCGGCCAUGGCGGUGGAGACCCGGCCCGAGCUAGUGGGAAAGCGGUUCCUGUGCGUGGCGGCCGGCGAGGACGCGCGUCCCGAGCGCGGGCAGAGCGGCUGCGGGCGCGGCUGGCGGGCGGGGGUCAUCCGAGCCGUGUCCCACCGCGACCGCGGCCACCCGGACCUGGCGGUCUACGUGGAAUUUGAUGACCUUGAAUGGGAUAAACGGGAGUGGGUUAAAGUUUAUGAAGAUUUUUCAACUUUCUUGGUGGAAUAUCACUUAAUCUGGGCCAAAAGGAAGGACCCUAGCCAGACUCAGGGAUCAAAGAGCAGACAAAUUCAGUGGCCUGCGCUGACCUUCAAACCAUUGGUUGAAAAUAGUAUACCAAGUUCUGUCACUGCGGUAGAGUUCCUUAUCGAUAAGCAAGUGGAUUUUUUAACAGAAGAGAGUGCCUUUCAGCUAUACCAGGACGACAUAGACAGCCUAAAGCCCGAACUCAGGGACAACCCACAGCUGCAUGCGGAAGUGAAAGUCUGGGUAAAGGAGCAGAAGGUUCAGGAGAUUUUUAUGCAAGGUCCUUAUUCAUUAAAUGGAUACAGAGUGAGAGUCUAUAGACAAGAUUCUGCCACCCAGUGGUUUACUGGCAUAAUUACUCAUCAUGACCUCUUCACCCGCACCAUGAUCGUUAUGAAUGAUCAGGUACUAGAACCACAGAAUGUCGAUCCUUCUAUGGUUCAAAUGACCUUUCUAGAUGAUGUCGUUCACUCUUUGUUAAAAGGUGAAAAUAUUGGCAUUACAUCACGACGCAGGUCUCGUGCCAGUCAAAAUAUCAGCACUGUUCACGGUCAUUAUACGCGUGCUCAAGCAAAUAGUCCCAGACCAGCAAUGAACUCUCAAGCUGCUGUACCAAAACAGAAUACACACCAGCAACAGCAACAAAGAAGUAUUCGUCCAAAUAAGAGGAAGGGCUCAGACAGCAGUGCACCUGAUGAAGAGAGGAUGAAGGGAGAUAAGUACGACUACGGAUCACGAGGAGAAAAUCCUAAAGGUAAAAACAAACACAUGGUGACUAAAAGACGGAAACCUGAGGAGGAUGAAAAGAGGCUGACCAUGAAAAGGCUGCGGACGGACAAUGCUUCCGAUGCUUCUGAGAGCAGUGACUCAGAAAACUCAAGCAAGAGAAUCACUGAGAAUUCCUCUGAACAAACACCAGAGUAUGAACUGAAAAAUAAAAUCACUUCAAAGAUAAAUGGAGAGGAUGGUCAAUCCCAGGCAGCUGAGAAGGCAGGAGAAGAGAUCCUCAUAGAUACUCGGCCUCCCUGGGACCAGAUGCAGGAAGAUAAAGACCAUGAAGAAGGGGAGAAGCUCAAGUCCAUGGAUAGCCACCUACAAGACAAGACGACUCUCCGCUCAUCCGAGCAAGCCACAGAUGCUGAGCCCAGUUCUAAGGACUCAGUCCUUCAGGAAUGCAAUAUGGAGAACCAACGCACAGUGGAAUUACCACCAAAGGACAGGGUAGUGUCCAGAACACCGACACCCAAGUGUGUUAUGGAUAUCAAAAACGACACUCAUUCAGAGAGGGCAGCUCAGGAAAAGUCUUUUGGUCUCCAGAUACCUGAGAACAUGGAUUCAAAUGUUAGUGAUUCCAAACAUUCAAAUGCUAAAUACCUAGAAGCAGCAAAGAAAGAUUGUGACCAGAGUUGGGUCAGUGAUGUAGUGAAAGUGGAUUUAACACAAUCAAGUACUACAAAUACUCCUUCAGGAAAUGAUAACCGAGAAAUGGAGAAAGAGAGAAAUCACUAUGUCUCAUAUAUGUCUUCACUAAGUACGGUUUCUGUCACAGAGGAUCAGCUGCAUAAGCGAAGUCCACCCUCAGAAACUAUAAGAUCCAAACUAACUACUUCAGUAGAUACUCAGAAGACAAAAUCCAGUUCUUCACCUGAAGUUUUUAAACCCAAGGUCACUCACUCUCCUGAUUCUGUAAAGUCUCGGGCUGCUUAUGGGAACAGUCAGGCUGCUGGUGAGCGACGGCAGGCGAGUAAAGCGGAGCACGAGUUAUCCAGAGGUAGUUUCCAUGCCGCCCCGACUCGAGGCAGCGCUCUGGAAACUACAAAGAGUCCUCUAAUCAUUGAUAAAAACGAGCACUUCACGGUCUAUAGGGACCCUGCGCUUAUUGGAUCAGAAGCAGGAGCUAAUCACAUUUCACCCUUCUUGAGCCAGCACCCUUUCCCUCUUCAUUCCUCAUCCCACAGAACCUGUCUAAACCCAGGUGGCCAUCACCCUGCCUUAACACCAGGACCCCACUUACUAGCUGGGUCAUCUAGUCAAACUCCACUACCUACCAUUAACACUCACCCUCUCACUAGUGGUCCACACCAUUCUGUCCAUCACCCUCAUUUACUUCCCACUGUGUUACCUGGAGUGCCUACUGCCUCUUUACUGGGUGGCCACCCGCGCCUGGAGAGUGCUCACGCAGGCGGCUUGAGCCAUUUAGCACUAGCUCACCAGCAGCAGCAGCUGCUACAGCACCAGUCACCUCAUCUUCUCGGACAAGCCCAUCCUUCUGCUUCCUAUAACCAGCUUGGACUUUACCCAAUUAUUUGGCAAUAUCCGAAUGGAACACAUGCAUACUCAGGACUUGGUCUCCCUUCUUCUAAGUGGGUUCACCCAGAAAAUGCAGUUAAUGCUGAAGCUUCAUUGAGGAGGAAUUCUCCCAGUCCUUGGUUACAUCAACCCACUCCUGUGACCUCAGCGGAUGGUAUUGGGUUACUUAGUCACAUUCCUGUCAGACCUUCCAGUGCAGAGCCUCCCCGACCUCACAAGAUGACAGUGCAUUCCAGUCCUCCACUGACAAAGACAUUAGCAGAUCACCACAAAGAAGAAUUGGAGAGGAAAGCUUUUAUGGAACCUUUGCGGUCUAAUGCAUCCACAUCAGUAAAAGGUGACCUGGAUCUUAAUAGGUCACAGGCAGGAAAAGAUUGUCACUUGCAUAGGCAUUUUGUGGGCCCGAGGCCGCCCCCAGAGACUGGCGAGAGACUGAACAAAUACAAAGAGGAGCACCGCCGGAUUCUUCAGGAGAGCAUUGACGUGGCUCCAUUUACAACCAAGAUCAAGGGCCAUGAGGUUGAGAGAGAGAAUUACUCCAGAGUAGUGCCAUCGUCUUCUAGUCCUAAAAGCCAUGCUAUCAAACCAGAUAAAGACAUGGACCGCUCGGUGUCAGAGCUGUAUAAGAUGAAGCACUCGGCAUCUCAGAGCCUGCCCCAGAGCAACUACUUCACCACGCUGUCUAACAGUGUGCUCAAUGAGCCGCCGAGGUCCUACCCAUCCAAAGAAGUCUCCAGUAUUCACACUGAGAGGCAGAACAGUAACCUUUCUGCAGCAGCCAAUCCUCAGACUCUGUCUUUCAUAUCAUCUCUCUCGAAGCCUCCACCUUUGAUUAAACACCAACCAGAAAGCGAAAGUUUGGUUGGCAAGAUACCAGACCAUCUUCCCCACCAGAGUGCAUCUCACUCAGUCACGACGUUCAGAAGCGAUUGCAGGAGUCCUACCCAUCUGACAGUGUGUUCUACAAACGCACUCCGCAGUAUGCCCGCCCUGCACAGGGCACCAGUGUUCCAUCCGCCAAUCCAUCACAGCCUGGAAAGAAAGGAGAGCAGCUACAGCAGCCUUUCCCCCCCCACUCUGACCCCAGUGAUGCCAGUCAAUGCUGGUGGCAAAGCUCAGGAGUCGCAGAAGCCCCCGACGCUGAUUCCUGAGCCAAAGGACUCUCAGGCAGACCUUAAGAGUUGUGACCAGAGUCUAGUGGAAGUGUGGAGGGCUAACAACCUCAGCAAGGAGAAAGCUGAGUGGCCUGUGGAAAAGAAUAGUGGAAAGUCUCAGGCUGCUGUGGCAUCCGUCAUUGUCCGUCCACCUUCUAGUACAAAAGUCGAUAGUGUGCCAUCUGGACCUUUAGCUGCCAAAGAUCGAGUUUGUGAAAGAGCAUCAUCCGGGGCAAACAAAACAGAUUACCUCAAACCGGAAGCCGGAGAGACUGGAAGAAUUAUUCUACCCAAUGUGAAUUUAGAAAGUGCUCAUGUGAAAUCUGAGAAGAACUUUGAAGCUGCCUCCCAGGGCAGUGUUCCUGUUUCAGUCAUGUCUGCUGUAAAUGUAGUCUCUGCUACCCAGACAGAUGUGCUCACAUCUGCUGGCUCUACCACCAGUGUCUCCAGCUUGGGUGGUUCAGAAGCAAUUUAUUCUUUAUCAAAUAUCAUAUCGGCCUCCACGCCCUCAGAAUGUCCUUCUUCAAAAAGUGUUAGUCAGUCAGUGGCGCAAGCAAAGGGUUGCAAAGUCAGCACCCCAGUUCCAGUUACUCUGGCCUGUAGUAAGACAGGAAAUGCUGUUCAGCCUGGUUCUGGCUUCUCAGGCACAACUGAUUUUAUUCAUUUAAAAAAGCACAAGGCAGCAUUGGCUGCAGCUCAGUAUAAAAAUAGUAAUGUCAGUGAGGCUGAGCUCAAUCCUGUGAGAAAUCAGACUGCAGCAGCCUCUCUUCCCCUGGAUAGCACCAUGACCUGCGCUGCGAGUAACAAAGCAGUCUCUGUAGGGAAUGGGCCGGCAGCCCAGCCCAGCCAGCCCAACUACCACACCAAACUGAAGAAGGCCUGGCUCACCAGACAUUCAGAAGAAGACAAAAAUACUAACAAAAUGGAAAAUUCAGGGACUUGUGUAUCAGAGAUGAUUAAGCCAUGUUCUGUCAACCUAAUAGCCUCUACAUCUAGUGACAUACAGAAUAGUGUGGAUGGCAGGGUCACUGUAGACAAGUAUGGAAGAGAUGAGAAAGCCAGCAGGAGGAAAGCCAAAAGAACUUACGAGUCUGGCUCUGAAAGCGCAGACUCCGAUGGGAGUGAAAGUAAGGCGGAGCAGAGGACUAAACGGCAGCCCAAGCCGACUUACAAAAAGAAGCAGAACGAUCUGCAGAAGAGGAAGGGCGAGGUGGAGGAAGACUUGAAGCCCAAUGGUGCUCUCAGCAGGAGCGCCAAAGAGAAAAGUAAAUUGAAGUUGCAGAACAGCAGCAGUGCUGGCGUCCCUCGCUCAGUGCUGAAAGACUGGCGGAAGGUGAAGAAGCUGAAGCAAACCGGAGAGUCGUUUUUGCAGGAUGACUCUUGCUGUGAGAUCGGGCCCAACUUACAAAAGUGCCGAGAAUGUAGACUUAUCCGCAGUAAAAAGGGAGAAGAAUCAACUCACUCACCAGUGUUUUGUAGAUUUUACUACUUUAGGAGAUUGUCCUUUAGUAAGAAUGGAGUAGUCAGAAUAGAUGGUUUCUCUUCUCCUGAUCAAUAUGAUGAUGAAGCCAUGAGCUUAUGGACCCAUGAAAACUAUGAAGAUGAUGACAUAGAUGUUGAAACCUCUAAAUAUAUCUUGGACAUAAUAGGUGACAAGUUCUGUCAGUUAGUAACGUCUGAAAAGACAGCUUUGUCCUGGGUGAAAAAGGAUGCCAAAAUUGCCUGGAAAAGAGCAGUGCGAGGUGUCCGGGAGAUGUGUGACGCGUGCGAGGCCACACUGUUCAAUGUCCACUGGGUGUGCCGCAAGUGUGGAUUUGUGGCUUGCUUGGAUUGCUACAAGGCCAAGGAGAGGAAGAGUUCUAGAGAUAAAGAAUUGUAUGCUUGGAUGAAGUGUGUGAAAGGUCAGCCUCAUGACCAUAAACAUCUGAUGCCAACUCAGAUUAUCCCUGGCUCUGUGUUGACAGACCUUCUCGAUGCCAUGCACGUUCUUAGGGAAAAGUAUGGAAUUAAAUCCCAUUGCCACUGUACAAACAGACAGAAUUUACAGGGUGGAAAUUUCCCUACAAUGAAUGGCGUGUCUCAAGUUCUGCAGAAUGCUCUUCAUCACAGUAAUAAAACCUCUGCGUGCCCGCCUGAGCCUCAGCAGCAGAGCACCCCCCAGAGAGCUCAGGCUAAUGGCAGCAGCAGCCCUGGAAGUGCAAGCACAGACAGCAGGUUGACGCCUCCCGAGUCCCAGUCACCACUGCACUGGCUGGCUGAUCUUGCUGAGCAAAAAUCCAGAGAGGAAAAACAAGAAAACAAAGACUUUACACUUGAAAAGGAAAUUAAAGAAGAUGAGGAACAAGAUGCCCCUGACUCUCCAAAUGGCAGCACAUCCCCUCCAGCAUCCCAGAACAAUGAACAGGGUUCAACCCUACGGGAUUUGCUGACCACAACAGCUGGCAAGCUUCGUGUGGGCUCUACGGAUGCUGGCAUUGCCUUUGCGCCAGUGUAUUCAAUGGGAGCCUCAAGUGGCAAAGGUGGCCGGACUAUGCCUAACAUUCUUGAUGACAUCAUUGCUUCAGUCGUUGAAAACAAAAUUCCACCGAAUAAAACGUCCAAGAUCAAUGUAAAAUCAGAGCCUAACGAAGAACCUAAAGAAAGCAGACAAUCUGCCACGAAUGAAAGCAAUAAGUUUUACCGUGACAUACCACACACUUGGAUCUGUGAUCAGCAUGUCUUAUGGCUUAAAGAUUACAAGAACAGUAACAACUGGAAGCUUUUCAAAGAGUGUUGGAAACAAGGACAGCCUGCAGUGGUUUCCGGUGUGCAUAAGAAAAUGAACGUUAGCUUGUGGAAGGCAGAAUCAAUUAGUCUGGAUUUUGGAGACCACCAAGCUGAUCUCCUCAACUGCAAAGACAGCAUUGUUUCCAAUGCCAACGUUAAGGAGUUCUGGGAUGGUUUUGAAGAAGUGUCAAAACGUCAAAAAAACAAAGGUGGAGAAACAGUGGUGUUAAAAUUGAAAGACUGCCCAUCUGGAGAAGACUUCAAGACCAUGAUGCCAGCAAGAUAUGAAGACUUUUUAAGAAGUCUGCCAUUGCCAGAAUACUGCAACCCAGAAGGGAAGUUCAAUUUGGCCUCCCAUUUGCCAGGGUUCUUUGUACGCCCUGAUCUAGGGCCCAGGCUGUGCAGCGCCUAUGGCGUUGCUGCUGCUAAGGACCAUGACAUAGGAACCACAAACCUUCACAUCGAAGCUUCUGACGUUGUCAAUGUUCUUGUAUAUGUCGGCAUAGCCAAAGGAAAUGGCGUCCUCUCAAAAGCAGGAAUACUUAAGAAGUUUGAAGAGGAAGAACUGGAUGACAUUUUAAGGAAAAGAUUGAAGGAUUCAAGUGAAAUCCCUGGUGCUCUGUGGCAUAUUUAUGCUGGAAAAGAUGUUGACAAGAUAAGGGAAUUUCUUCAAAAGGUUUCAAAAGAGCAAGGCCUUGAAGUCCUGCCAGAGCAUGACCCAGUCCGGGACCAGGGCUGGUAUGUGAACAGGAGGCUCCGCCAGAGGCUGCUUGAGGAGUACGGGGUGAGAGCCUGCACUCUGGUUCAGUUCCUUGGUGAUGCCAUUGUCCUGCCAGCAGGAACGCUUCAUCAGGUACAGAAUUUCCACAGCUGCAUUCAGGUGACGGAAGACUUCGUCUCCCCAGAACAUCUUGUCCAAUCCUUCCACUUAACCCAGGAGCUGAGGCUCUUGAAGGAAGAGAUCAAUUACGAUGACAAACUGCAGGUUAAGAAUAUCUUGUAUCAUGCGGUCAAGGAAAUGGUGAGAGCUUUGAAGAUGCAUGAAGAUGAAGUAGAGGACAUGGAAGACACUUAAGUGUGGUUGGAACUGGGAUACCCCUUGAGUGACACUAGGUCUGACUUAAGCUCCAUUAAACCAUCAGUGCCAAGAAAUUCUCUUUGUAGUAAUUACUUGCUACUGACACCACACCAGUGUAGCAUUGUGUCGCAGCCCUGCGAUUCAGUGCUAGCUGUCAACCAAGCUGUGUGUAAAAGCAGCUCUCUAGCUGCUCCUGUACCAUGUGUAUAUGAUGUUUGUGAAGACGCCAGAUUUAAAAUGAUGUAUUUAUUUUUGGUAAAAAAAAAAAAAAUCUAUGCUAUAUUGUUGAUCAAGUGUAAAUGUGCUGUGUACAGUUUAAUAAAAUAACUGAUAUUUUUCACUACAUGAGACAGUUACUGUGAGACUAGGACACAAACACCAGCUGUUGCCUGCGUUUGGAAAAUUGCUGGAUUGCACAGCAGUCAUGUCAUAAUCAGAAAAUUACUGCCAAAUAACUGUAAGAUGUGUAAGAUACAAAGUAUAUAAGUAGAUACUAAACUCAGACACUUCAAUAUUUUGUUGAAGCUAUUGACUGUACAAUUAAACAUUUUCAAAAGGUGUAAUUUAUUUAAAAUUGUCUCAUUUUGGUAAAAUUUAUGUGAAGUUUUAAAGCUAAAUAUUAAACUUAAUAUGCUAUGUAAAUAUAUACAUAUAUCCAUUUCAGGAUGUAUUUUUUUAAAGCGUUGGCUGGCUUUUGUUAAAGUGUAAGUGUUACAUAUGGCUUUGUACAUUACAGUUGAAAGGGGUUUACAUUUUCCAUUAAAGACUUUAUCAAGAACUUG